AUGUCGAGGGAGCUGAAGCUGAAAUUGCUUAAGCUUCGCAAUUUGGUUCUUGCUGCCAAGCAAGAACAGGAAGUGCUUGCGGCCAGGCUGGAAGGCUGUGGUAAAGCGGAGAAGAGUACACAGACUGCUCGCUUCUCCUUCCAUAGUACCACAACCAUGGCACAGGAGGCGUUAGAUUUUGCCCUCAGCGACAGAGCGAACGCAAAAAGGCGUCGGGAGAGCGCAAAUCAGAAGAGCGGGCCCACGGAAGUUGCAAACGUGGGAGAACGGCGUAAGAAGAAAGCGAGGACGAAACGAGCCAGUCGGCCACCGGAGGAGGGAAGCCAACCCGACCAAGACAACCUGCGGUCGGACGGUCCCUGGCAAACGGUAGUAAAUAAACCGAAGGUGAAAGCGGCAAUCACGCGCCCGGCGAGAGCCAGACAGAAGGGUGAAGCACUUCUCAUUAAAACAGAGAAAGAGCACUACGCCGACGUGCUCAAGGCGAUGCGCAGCGCCGAGAAACUUGCGGACCUUGGUAAAGAGGUUCGUAGCAUAAGGCGGACGAGAGCGGGCGAGAUGAUCCUUGUCUUAAGGAAGGGCUCACAGGCGAACGGUACCUCCCAUGAAGCGCUAGCCCAGGAAGUCCUAGGCGAGAGCGUAGAAGAGAGGGCUCUACACGACGAAGUGACUCUCAUAUGCAAGCAGCUGGACGAGGUCACGACAGCGGAAGAGAUCGCCUCGGCCAUCAAGGACCAAGGUGGAGUGGUGGUAGCAAAUGCGUCCAUCCGUCUGCGAAGAGGACCGCAGGGGACGCAGAUUGCCACGGUGAAGUUACCGGCCAUCGACGCUAACAAGGUGAUCAAAGUUGGUAAGCUGAAAGUUGGCUGGUCAGUAUGUCCAGUCAGCCUCUACCAACCACCGGUAGUCGACAAGUGCUUCCGCUGCCUCGAACCGGGACACAAAUCGUGGGCGUGCAAAGGGCCGGAUAGGAGUAACCUAUGUAGGCGAUGCGGCGAAGAGGGCCAUAAGGCGCACACGUGCGAGAAAACACCAUCGUGUACGCUAUGCCAGUUGCUGUGGCAGUCGGUAGUAGAAGCGAGAACGGACGUCGCUAUCUUGUCGGACCCGUACCGCAUCCCCGCGGAUAAUGGGAACUGGGUAGCGGAUAGAUCCAAAUCAGCGGCGAUUUGUACGACGGGAAGAUACCCGAUCCAGGAAGUGCUGAACACAAGAGCGGAGGGUACUGUUAUAGCGAAAAUAAAUGGAGUGUACUACUGCAGCUGCUACGCCCCACCAAGGUGGCCGAUAGAACAAUUCACCGAGAUGGUCGAUCGGCUAACAUCAGACCUAGUGGGUAGCAAGCCAGUAGUAAUUGCAGAAGACUUCAAUGCGUGGGCGAUAGAGUGGGGAAGUCGCUUUACUAACCGGAGAGGGCAAACGCUGCUAGAGGCUUUCGCCAAGCUGGAUGUCGUGCUGUGCAACGAAGGCUCCAAAAGUACCUUCCAGCGAAACGGAGUGGAAUCGAUAAUAGACGUAACGUUCUGCAGUCCAAGUUUGGUCGGUGAUAUGCAGUGGAUGGUCGACGACGGUUACACCCACAGUGACCAUCUAGCUAUCCGGUACAGGAUAGGCAGCGAGGCAAGAAGAGAAAGCCGGAGAGCUACUCCCACAACCCGGUCGUGGAAGGUCGCCCACUUCGACGGUGGGACCUUCAGUGAAGCUAUGGGUCUGGAAGAAAACACGGGAAGUUUAAGCGGCGACGAACUGGUUGCGGUCCUGUCUCGAGCUUGUGACGCGACCAUGCCGAGGAAGGUGCGACCACGGAACUGCAGGCCACAGGUAUACUGGUGGAGCGACAGACUGUGCCUGCUUCGACAGACUGUGCCAGAGCGCCAACUCGAACCCAUGGGGAGACGCCUAUCGGGUGGUGAUGGCCAAAACAAGAGGAGCACUGGCUCCUCCCGAGCGAUGUCCAACGAGGCUGAAGACUAUAAUCGAGGCACUAUUCCCGCACCACGGCCCAACCCACUGGCCGCCAGCAGCGAGGGUAGCAAAUGA